AUGAUACUACCCAAAAGACAUCAUGUGACAAAUCUCGUCAUUCAUCAAGAGCAUCAGAGACAACUCCACGCUGGUGCCCAAGCUACGUUGAAUGCCAUUCGCCUUCGAUUUUGGAUUCCAGAUGGCCGAAAUACAGUGCAGCACCUCAUCGGUUCCUGCGUGCGAUGCAUUCGCCACAGGCCACCACCGGUCAAUUAUAUCAUGGGGAAUCUGCCUGAAGCACGUGUCACCGAGUCACGCCCUUUCACCAACGUCGGUAUUGACUAUUGUGGACCCUUCUUCAUCAAGGAAAAGAAGAUCCGCAAUAGGGCCCGUGUAAAAGUCUGGGUAGCAGUUUUUGUAUGUCUUGCUGUGAAGGCAGUACAUCUUGAGAUCGUCAGUGACCUGACUACAGAAGCCUUUCUUGCUGCUUUCCGACGAUUCAUUUCACGGAGAGGACUCUGUGACAACGUGUACUUGGACAACGGAACUUGCUUUGUUGGUGCCAACAAUGAACUCCGAGAACUCCAUGAGUUCCUCCAGAACAAAGAUCACCGACAGAAAAUCGAAUCAUUUGCCACCUUGAAGUCAAUCAAGUGGCACUUCAUCCCACCACAAUCUCUAUACUUCGGAGGCCUGUGGGAAGCAGCUGUCAAAUCCUUCAAGGUAAAUUUGAAAAGAAUUGUUACAGAUGAACUCCUGACAUUUGAGCAGUUCGACACCCUGGUGAUCGAAAUUGAAGCAGUGUUGAACUCCAGGCCUUUGACACCUUUCUCAUCAGACCCAAAUGACCUCCAAGCACUCACUCCGGGGAGUCCCCUUCCAAUCGACUAUCUACAUGGGAACAUCUCCAGAAACUCAAACAAGAUUUCUGGACUCGAGCUCAACCUCAGGAACAAAUGGGCGAAUGGGGAGCACCACAUAACCGUGGGCACCGUUGUCCUACUGAAGGAAGACAAUCUCGCACCACUACAGUGGGCCAUGGGUCGGGUUAUCCAGACUCACCCUGGAGCUGACGGUGUCACUAGGACUGUGACACUCAAGACACCCAAAGGAGUCCUCAACAGAAACGUGAAGAAGCUGGCACCUUUGGGGAGUAUGUUCGGUCGACGACGAUUUUCGUGA